GCGGCCCCGAGCGGAGUUGAGGGCAUCAGUUGUGGCCGGUCCCCGCUGGCAGGCCUUCACUCGUGCUAACGUGGGAGGGCAGCGGGGCGGUCAGGUGGGCUUGCAGAACCGGACUCGGCUGAGCGUUCGGCUGCGUUAGGUCUCGAGCGCUGCCUGGCUUCCUCUCUCCUUUAUUUUCCCCGGUUAGGAAAGGAAGGGGAACCGGGGAAGACGGCGUCCCAGGAGUGUGGUCGGAGGGAAGGACUUUUCUGGGUGUUAGCGGUGCGAGAACUCGGGGAGAGCCGUGCUGGGUCGCCGGAGCCCCGCGUGCCCCAGGGUAGCCUCUGCACGUCCGGGAGAGGGACCGGUGCGCCGGGCAGCAGCGGGCUGGCGACAUGCCUGCCUUGGUUUCCAGACCUUUCUUCUGCUGUUUGGGUGCUAGGAGGGAGGGGUCAACGCUUAUAUAUAGAAAACGUCCCUGGUGCAUGUCUGAGCGCUGCUGGAUGCUGCCCUGCUGGGUAUCUUGGUUUCUGUGUCUGCCGAGGGAAAGGACUGAGAUAGUUUGUAGCGCAGUUCUGGUCCGAUAAGUGACAGAGUGUAUGGGAAGUAUCUUUUUUGGUUGUAACACCUUCCCGGUUCUCCCUAAAGAUGAGAGCCAACGUUAAUAUUGUAACAAAAUUAGGCGGGUCUCAUAAGGAACUGAGGUUUCAGCUGAGAAGGUGUCAGAGGAUAAUUGGUUUCCCCACAAGUUGUUGAAUUUGGGACCUUUCUUGCCCUGAGUCUGGGAAUUUUUAGAGUCGUUUUUGUGUGUAGAUUGACUAGUGGAGAGGCGGCGAAGCCCAGGGACUUGGCUGGGGGUGAGGUCUCGGAUUAAGAGCAGAGGAGGGUCAUCUCCAUCAGGAGGAAUCCGGGAAGAGACCUGGAAAAUUAUCUUUCUGGCAGAGUGUGGUGGGGCUUGCAGGUGCUGAGCAGGGAUUCCGGAAAGCAUCACGUACCUGAGCCCCCAGCAUGGCGGGCCUGAAGCGCAGGGCAAGCCAGGUGUGGCCGGAAGAGCGGGGCGAGCAGGAGCACGGGCUGUACAGCCUGCACCGCAUGUUCGACAUCGUGGGCACCCACCUGACGCACAGAGACGUGCGUGUUCUGUCCUUUCUUUUUGUGGAUGUCAUUGAUGACCACGAGCGGGGCCUCAUCCGAAACGGACGUGACUUCUUAUUGGCGCUGGAGCGCCAGGGCCGCUGUGAUGAGAGUAACUUCCGCCAGGUGCUGCAGCUGCUGCGCAUCAUUACUCGCCAUGACCUGCUGCCCUACGUCACCCUCAAGAGGAGGCGGGCUGUCUGCCCCGACCUUGUAGACAAGUAUCUGGAGGAGACAUCGAUUCGCUAUGUGACCCCCAGAGCCCUCAGCGAUCCAGAGCCAAGGCCUCCCCAAUCCCCUAAAACAGUGCCUCCCCACUACCCUGUGGUGUGCUGCCCCACUUCGGGCCCUCAGAUGUGUAGCAAGAGGCCAGCUCGAGGGAGAGCCACACUUGGGAGCCAGCGAAAACGCCGGAAGUCAGUGACCCCGGACCCCAAGGAGAAGCAGACAUGCGACAUCAGGCUGCGGGUUCGAGCUGAGUACUGCCAGCACGAGACCGCUCUGCAGGGCAAUGUCUUCUCCAACAAGCAGGACCCGCUCGAGCGUCAGUUCGAGCGCUUCAACCAGGCCAACACCAUCCUCAAGUCCCGGGACCUGGGCUCCAUCAUCUGUGACAUCAAGUUCUCCGAGCUCACCUACCUCGACGCAUUCUGGCGCGACUACAUCAACGGCUCGUUACUGGAGGCGCUUAAAGGCGUCUUCAUCACAGACUCCCUCAAGCAGGCAGUGGGCCACGAAGCCAUCAAGCUGCUGGUGAACGUGGACGAGGAGGACUACGAGCUGGGCCGGCAGAAACUUCUGAGGAACUUGAUGCUGCAGGCCUUGCCCUGACCUCCCCCACAGGGCUCCUCCCGGCACUCACCUCUGGAGCGCACACCUGUCUGGGUCUGUUCUCGCCCCUUCCAACCAAUCACACCCCUGCCUUUUUUUUUUUUUUUUUUUUAAGGAAAA